ACCGCUGUUUUGGAAGCUUGGAAGGCCCGGGGUGAGGCUCCCUAGGAGAGGGCGGGGCCGGAGGCUCGGCUCUGUACGGCGGAGGAGUUCUGCCCUUUUCCAAAAGGAUCCCAAAGGAAGACUGAUCUUUUUCUGCAAAUACCAAAGCCAUGGCUCAGGAGUCAGUGAUGUUCAGUGAUGUGUCCAUAGACUUCUCUCAGGAGGAGUGGGAAUGCCUGAAUGAUGAUCAGAAAGAUUUAUACAGAGAUGUGAUGUUGGAGAAUUACAGCCACCUGGUUUCAAUGGCAGGACAUUCUGUUUCUAAACCAGAUGUGAUCUCCUUUUUGGAGCAGGGGAAGGAGCCCUGGUUGGUUGACAGAGAACUAACAAGAGACCAGUGGCCAGUCCUGGAAUCAAGAUGUGAGACCAAGAAAUUAUUUCUGAAGAAGGAGAUUUAUGAAAUAGAGUCAGCGCAGUGGGAGUUAAUGGAAAGACUUACAAGACAUGACCUUCAGUGCUCUAGUUUCAGAGAUGAUUGGGAAUGUAAUGGCCAGUUUGAGAAACAGCAUGGCUCUCAGGAGCGACACUUUGGUCAACUGAUAUUCACCCAUGAAGGCAUGCCUACAUUCAGUCAGCAUCCAUCCUUUACAUUACAGCAAAUCAUCAAUAAUAAAGAGAAAUACUGUGGAACUAAGGAAUAUAGGAAAGCCUUUAGACAUGACUCACAGCUUACUACACAUCAAAUAAUUCAUACCAUUGAGAAGCCCUAUGAAUGUAAGGAAUGUGGAAAAGCCUUUAGACAUCCCUCAAGACUCAGUCAUCAUCAGAAAAUUCAUACUGGCAAGAAACCCUUUGAAUGUAAGGAAUGUGGGAAAACAUUUAUUUGUGGUUCAGACCUUACUCGACAUCACAGAAUUCACACUGGUGAGAAACCCUACGAAUGUAAGGAAUGUGGAAAGGCCUUUAGUAGUGGCUCAAACUUCACUCGACAUCAGAGAAUUCACACUGGUGAAAAGCCCUAUGAAUGUAAAGAAUGUGGGAAGGCCUUUAGUAGUGGCUCAAACUUUACUCAACAUCAAAGAAUUCAUACAGGGGAGAAACCCUAUGAAUGUAAGGAAUGUGGCAAUGCCUUUAGUCAGAGCUCACAACUUAUCAAACAUCAGAGAAUUCAUACAGGUGAGAAACCCUAUGAAUGUAAGGAAUGUGAAAAGGCUUUUCGUUCUGGUUCAGAUCUUACUAGACAUCAGAGAAUUCAUACUGGUGAGAAGCCCUAUGAGUGUAAGAUAUGUGGGAAAGCCUAUUCUCAGAGUUCACAACUUAUUAGUCAUCAUAGAAUUCAUACUGGUGAGAAACCUUAUGAAUAUAGAGAAUGUGGGAAGACAUUUAAUUAUGGCUCACAACUUAUUCAGCAUCAAAAUUUGUACUGGACCUGCCGGGACUUUCUUGGGACAAAGAGCCGGGAACGCGGCCCGCGCAGGAGCCCGCCUAGAUCUCCGCCUCAAGCGGCGAGCGGGCGGGGUGGAAGCUCCGCUCCCCUGGGCUGGCGGCGCCGGCGCACUCAGUGCCUACAGAGCGAGCUCCCAGCAGCCUCCGCGCGCGGCCCGUUAAGCCCCGGGGGCUGUGUACUUGCAGGUUCCGUCCCAUCCUCGCUUACACUGAGCAUCACCGUGAGGCAGAGAUCACUGAUGUUCAGUGAUGUGUCCAUAGUCUUCUCUCAGGAGGAGUGGGAAUACCUGGACCUGGAACAGAGGGACUUGUACAGAGAUGUAAUGUUGGAGAAUUACAGCAACUUGGUCUCACUGGGAUGCUUCAUUUCUAAGCCAGACGUGAUUUCCUUGUUGGAGCAAGGAAAAGAGCCCUGGAAAGUUGUGAGGAAAGGAAGGAGACGAUAUGCAGAUUUAGAGACCAGGUAUGAGACCAAGAAGUUAUCCUCAGAAAAUGACAUUUAUGAAAUAAACUUACCUCAGUGGAAGAUAAUGGAAAGAAUUAAAAAUCAUGGCCUUAAGGGCCUAAUUUUAAAAAGUGACUGGGAGUCUAAAAGAAAAUUUGAAGGACAGGAGGAAUAUUUCAGUCAAGUGAAAAUUACAUCUCAAAAAGUGUCCUCUUAUCAAAAACGUACAUCUCUAACUCCACAUCAGAGAAUUCAUUUUGUGGAGAAACCCUAUGAAUGCAAAGAAUGUGGAAAGGCCUUUAGAGUACGCCAACAGCUUACUUUUCAUCACAGAAUUCAUACUGGUGAAAAACCCUAUGAAUGUAAGGAGUGUGGAAUGGCCUUCAGACAGACUGCACACCUUACUCGACAUCAGAGACUUCAUUCUGGUGAAAAACUCUAUGAAUGUAAAGAAUGUGGAGAAUCUUUUAUAUGUGGCCCAGACCUUAGAGUACAUCAGAAAAUUCAUAUUGGCGAAAAGCCCUAUGAAUGUAAAGAAUGCGGGAAAGCCUUCAGAGUGCGAGGACAACUUACUCUCCAUCAGAGGAUUCAUACUGGUGAGAAACCCUAUGUAUGUACAGAAUGUGGAAAGGCCUUUAGACAGUAUGCACAUCUCACUCGACAUCAGAAGCUUAAUAUUGCUGACAAACUCUAUGAAUGUAAAGAAUGUGGGAAGGCCUUUUUGUGUGGCUCUGGCCUUAGAGUACAUCACAAACUUCAUACUGGUGAGAAACCCUAUGAAUGUAAGGAAUGUGGGAAAGCUUUCAGAGUGAGACAGCAACUAACACUGCACCAGAGAAUUCAUACUGGUGAGAAACCCUAUGAAUGUAAGGAAUGUGGAAAAACCUUCAGUCGUGGUUAUCAUCUUAUUCUUCAUCACAGAAUUCAUACUGGUGAGAAACCUUAUGAAUGUAAGGAAUGUUGGAAGGCCUUUAGUCGUUACUCACAACUUAUUUCACACCAAAGUAUCCAUAUUGGUGUUAAACCUUAUGACUGCAAGGAAUGUGGGAAGGCUUUUAGAUUGCUCUCACAACUUACACAACAUCAGAGUAUUCAUAUUGGUGAGAAACCCUAUAAAUGUAAGGAAUGUGGGAAGGCCUUUAGAUUGCGCCAAAAACUUACUUUACAUCAGAGCAUUCAUACUGGUGAAAAACCCUUUGAAUGUAAGGAAUGUAGGAAGGCCUUUAGACUUAAUUCAUCCCUUAUUCAGCAUCUGAGAAUUCAUUCUGGUGAGAAACCUUAUGAAUGUAAGGAAUGUAAGAAGGCCUUUAGACAACAUUCACACCUUACCCAUCAUCUAAAAAUUCAUAACGUAAAAAUAUAAGAUAGUUUUUCAAUCCUGUAUUGUAGAAUACUCUAUGAAUAUAGUAAUUAAUCCUUUUUGCUUCCUUCAUACAGGCAAUUGACUUAAGAGGUUUUAUAUCAUUAAAAGAAUAUGUUAAUUUAAUGUAUUCCACCAUCACUUAAACCUGAUAAACUUUACACUUACUCUAAAAACUAAUCCUAAUCAGUGUGACAAAUGUGGGAGACACUUAUCUCUGUCCCAUCACUUUCCUACUUGUAUUAUAUUGACAAGAUGCUUAACUGCUCUGUGCUAUAAUUUUUUCAUUUGUAAAAUGGUAAUACAAUACUGUGGCAGAAUAAAAAUUGUUGCAAAUUGUUUGACAUUCCCUCUUUCCCCCCAUCAAAAUCUGGAAUCCCCAUCCAUUCUCCUUGAGGAUGGGCAGACCAAGACUACUUUGACUAGUAGAAGUACUGCUGUGCCAGUUUCCAGGCUUUACUGGUGGAUUUUACUUCAUCUCUUGGAGUGCUCCUUUAAGCUUAGGCUCUGAAUUCUGUUAAAAAGUCUGUCUGCUCUGCUGAAGAGACCACAUGGAGAAGCCCUAAGACCACAAAGAAAGGAAGAGGCACCCUUCUGAGCCCAGUCUUCCACACAUGCCUACCAAGACACCAGACAUUUAAGUGAAAUAGUGUUGGAUCCUCCAGACCACCUAGCAGCUGAGUACCCACUGAGUGACUUCAGUUGAUACCAUAUAAAACAGAUGAAUCUAUCAACUGAGUCCCUGCCCAAAUUCCUGACCCACAAGAUCAUGAGAUAUAAUAAAAUGAUUGUUGUUUUAAGCCACUAAAUUUUGUUUUAUUAUUAUCAUUAGUAUUACUCCUUUGAAAAUUCAUAUGAAAGACUAUGGGCACAAAGAAUAUAGAAAUGCCUUCCACCAACACUCACCCUUAUUUAACUUCAGAUAACUUACUCUUUUUAAACUAGUGGAAGUGAGAAAUUGUUUUUCAAUUUGUUCAUAAAAAAGCAGAUAUUCUACAGUCUACAUUCUCUGGCCCAAGUCUAAAUUUAAAAUUAACAAAGAAUAAUGUAAAAAGAAACUUUGGAAAUUAAAAAUUACUUGUAUUAUAACUUCUGUAUUGAUUUUUAAAAAUACAUUGUAGCCUUUUUUUGUGCUCUGGUUGUCCUGUCUUUCAUUAGUGAGAAUCCCCUCAAAUUGGUUCCUAUGUCCUUUUGUCAUGACAAAAGCUUUUAAUAGCUUCCUUUUUUCCUGACCAAAUUCACUGGUCAGUUAUGAAGCAUAUUAGGGUACUUAUUGAUAAAUAAAGGGGAAAAGUGGAGCAUUUAUUUUGUCUUUCCUUUAUGACCUAUAUAAGACAACCAAAAG